AUAAAUACUAAACCGACUUUUGAUCAAUAAACCCAAGGUUCCUCUUCUCACAUAGCGCGCUUCAGCACCGGAGAGCAGCCUCUGUGGAAUCAACCAUGGGGAGGGGCCGAAGAGGAAGAAAAGACAACUCGCACCAAAUCGACGAGAAGUGGAUUCUAAAACCUUUUACCGAUCAAAACCCAGCAACAGUCGACACCAAUCACCAGCCCAACCUCGGAAACCCAACAUCAUCAUCAUCAACAUCAAUUCCUCUCAAUGAACCCACAACAAGCGUACCCACGUCAGAAUUCAUCGCAAGAACAUCGAAACCGGCCACAAAUCGUCGAAACCCUGCUGGGGUUUCGCGAUAUCGGCGUGGCCGUGGGUCCAAACCUCGAUUUGUCAACGCGGGUGCCCCCAAUUCUAGCAGAGCAGAGAGGAGCAAGGAAGGAGAACAAGAAAAAGAGGUAGAAAUCAAGGAAUUGGGUUCUUUAAGGCAAUUGAAUAAGGAGGAAGUGGGUGAAGAAGAAGAAGAAGAAGAAGAAGAAGAAAAGGGUGGUGGGCAUGUGUCUGAGUUGAAGAAUGAUUCGAAUGGAGAGAGAAUUGAGGGCCCUGAUUCAGCUGAGGGCGUGGAUUGUGUUGGAAGAAUGUUAGAAGGGUUGCAAUUGUGUGUAGCAGAAGCAGAGUUGUCGGAGGAGGAGUUGAGAAUUAAUGAUCAAUUGCAGGAAGAUGAGUUACUUGCUAUGGAGUCAAUCUAUGGAGACAAUGUUUUUAUCCUUGACAGACAAAGAGGCCUGCGUUGUUUUCAGAUUCACAUACAUGUUGAAACUUCCAGUGAACUUACCAUCUCUGCAAAACUAAACUCAUCUAGCAAUCUUGGGACCAAAACUGACGGUGCAGAUGAGUUCUCAUACUCUUUCAAAGUCCAAAACCUUCCACCAAUUGUGAUCACUUGUUUGUUACCCAAGUCCUAUCCGAGCCAUCUCUCUCCUUAUUUUACUGUUUCGGUCCAGUGGCUGGAUUCAGGAAAAAUUUCCUAUAUUUGCUCUAUGUUGGAUUCAUUGUGGAGUGAGCAACCAGGGCAGGAGGUUAUAUACCGUUGGGUUGAAUGGCUACAGAGUUCUUGUCUUUCUUAUCUUGUUUUUGACAAAGAAAUAGUUCUUGGUCCUUAUGGAUUGAGAUAUACCGGAGAUAGGCGUGCAAUUUCAGGAAGCAUCUCUCCAGAAGUUGAUAUUCCUUCACUGAAGAAUUAUGACGAUCAGCAGCAGCAGGAGAACUUCAGCAGAAACUUGCAUGAAUGCUGCAUCUGCUUUAGUGAGUUUGCAGGUUCAGAGUUUGUUAGACUGCCAUGCCAUCAUUUCUUUUGCUGGAAAUGCAUGAAAACUUUCUCUGACAUGCAUGUAAAGGAGGGAACAAUAAGCAAGCUUCUAUGUCCUAAUGGAAAAUGUGGGGGCAUGGUCCCACCUGGUUUGCUGAAACGAUUGCUAGGCGAUGAGGAGUUUGAACGUUGGGAGUCAUUAAUGCUACAGAAAACACUCGAGUCUAUGUCUGAUGUAGUCUAUUGCCCAAGAUGUGAAAUGGCUUGCAUAGAGGAUGAAGACCAACACGCCCAGUGCUCUAAGUGUUUCUUUAGCUUUUGUACCCUUUGCAGGGAGCAACGACAUGUUGGAACCACAUGUAUGACACCAGAGAUGAAGCUUUCUAUCUUAAAGGAGAGACAGAAUUCAUCCCAAUUGAAGGAUGGACAAAAGCGCCGUGAGCAAGAAAUGAUAAAUGAGAUCCUUAGUGUUAGGGAAGUACUUCGUGAUGCCAAACAAUGUCCAUCUUGUAAGAUGGCAAUCUCACGAGUUGAAGGUUGCAACAAGAUGGUAUGUAACAACUGUGGCCAGUAUUUCUGCUAUCGCUGUAAUAAGGCAAUUGAUGGUUACGAUCACUUCAGGGACGGAGCUUGCGAACUUUUCCCCCAAAGAGAGAUUCAGAUGUGGGAAGAGCGGAUGAUGAAUGCCCGCCAGGCGGUGGGCCAGAUUCAAGCUCAACUCUUUGCUGAUCGUGGUCAUCCAUGCCCUAACUGCGGUCAAAACAAUGUUAAGGUUGGCAAUAACAAUCACAUUUUCUGCUGGCAAUGUCAAAGCCAUUACUGCUACUUGUGUAGAAAGAUGGUGAGGCGAAGCUCUCAGCAUUACAGACCUAAGGGUUGCAAGCAGCACACAGUGUGAUAGACGGACCUAAGGAUUGCAACUUGCAAGCAGCACACAUUGGGAUAGUUCACAUUACCCCCUUGUAUACUCAAAAAGGGUAAACCAAAAAAUUUGGUUGGACCCAGGUCAGAUGCAACCUAGUUCAAUGGACAUUGAGAUCUUAUUUGCAUUUCUCUUCUGUCAGCUUUGUCCCGUAAUGAUAAUGGCAUUUGUGUGUGCCCCCGCUAUUGAAUGUUUGGGAUUUUAGAGUUGUCACUAAGACGUUUUGGUUCUUCCGGUGGGUGUAACCUUCUGAGGCGUUUAGUCCCCUGACGGUUUCAGGGUGAUUGAUACUGUACGUAUAGGGAAAACACAGAUUUCAUUUUUUUUUUUUUUUAAACUCGGCGACAUUCAAUAGUGUUAGUUGCGAAAACGCAGUUUCAAAUGUUGAGUUGUGUUGUGUUGGAUCGUAUCAAGUUUCUUUCUUCUAUUCCAACCCUGCAUAUGAUUGCAGAAUUCCAACUCAUUAAGUUUAA